GCAUGUUAUUUUGCUCCAUUUCCAUUCAAGUGUUAGUCCGGAGGAGCGGAACACGAGAUUCCUCGAAAACAGGCAAAAAUUCCCGCAAAAAUCUGGGCGGAGGCCGGGAAAAAGACAUGGCAGCCGCCAACGGCGCCUUGGGUGGCCACCUGGACCCCUUUUCCUCGCACGGAUGGAUGGAAUUCUGCGAAUCUAAGGCACAACAAGCCGCCGUGGACUUCUCAAGAAGCUUUCGGAAGUACCUCAACGAUCAUCCCGAGUACGACACUCCCGAGGCAGGCCCCACCUUCGCCAAAAGGUUCACUCUGCAUUUCCUGGAACAUUUUGACGAUCAGGUACAGAGAGUCUUCGUUCCCGAGAUACAGAAACCUUUCUUUGGGGAGAACGAGGAAGAGGUAACCGUGCGAUCAGUAAGUUCCUCGUCCUCAUCUAAACCUCCCAGGUCGGGUCCGGGGGCAGUCCCCGUUACAAGUUCGCAGCUGCCGCGGUCCAAAAGCGCGGAGCACGGCAGAAACUCUGUAGAGUUGGACCCGCGUUCCUUACCCCCUGUCUCCCCUAGCGCGGACGAUCUUUCCAGGAGAGCAAGCCCCCAUAAAUCUUCGAAAACCACGCUACGAAAGCGGCUGAGUUUGAAGUAUGUGAAGGGGAGCGUGAGCCGCAUGUUGCGGCGACAGUCGUCGGACUCCGGGACAGGGUCGCCACCCCUCCCCAGACACCCCGAGGAGCGCGCGGGGGCCAGGGGCUCCCCAAACAGAAAAACAAAGGACGGAGCCUCCGUAGGCAAACUACAACCCAAAAUAGACGUCACCGACAUCAAGAAGGAGGGAACCGUCAACCAACUGGUCGGGGAGGACUAUCACGGGAGGAACAAGUGGGAAAAAUGUCGUCUGCUGCUGGUGAAAACUCCAGGGGGCUACAUGUUGGAGUGUUACACCCCUGCCAAGUCAUCUAAGCCAAAGAAUGGCAUCUUCUGUUCAUUAAUAAAGGAGGCACGGGAGACGACUCCACUGGAGAUCCCAGACACAGAAAACACCUUUGUACUUAGAUUUUGGAGCUUCCCCAGUGAUUCUCCCCCAAGAUGGCAGGCAGAGAACAACAUGGAGUAUAUCUAUGAGUGCCAUGAUGUGGAAGACAUGCAGUCUUGGCUGGCCAACAUCAGAGAGUGUAUGAUAGGGGGCAGGGAGAGUGAGAAGCCAGCGUUCCCCUCCCCCUCCCUCCCCAGGAGUAGAGGGGGGUCCAGUACAGGGAAGCCAGCGGGACAACACCACCAUGGGGAAGUUACCACUGCAGUAGGAGCAGUGGGAGGUACUAAUACAGUAGAGAAACCAACAGCCUCUGUGGCCCCCAAUGCAGCUGUUCCGAGCGGUGACUCCACCCCCCCUGGGACGCCGCCACCCCAGGUCCCCCCCAGGAUUCCAGCGGACUGUACAGAAGUGCCAACACACCCCCCUGUUAUGGAGAGUGGUGCAGCUCGGUGGCUCGCCGGCCGCAGCUCACAACCCACCGAAUCCGACCACCCCCUCGCAGGCUACCCAUGGUUCCACGGGACCCUGUCCAGACUCGAGGCAGCUCAGUUAGUGCUCGCUCAAGGGCCGAUGGGUCACGGCGUUUUCCUGGUCCGACAGAGCGAGACGCGACGGGGAGAGUACGUGCUCACGUUUAACUACCAAGGCAGGGCUAAGCAUCUACGAAUGUCGCUAAACAAUGAGGGACAAUGUCGAGUGCAGCAUUUAUGGUUCCAAACGAUCUUUGACAUGCUGGAACACUUCCGGACACACCCCAUCCCGUUGGAAUCCGGCGGCCCUGCCGACAUCACGUUGUCAAGUUAUGUUGUUUGCUCCCCGCCCCAACCCCAACAACCUCCGUCAAACCCUCAAGUGGCCGCCAUCCCCGCCAGUCAGAGUAGUGGCAACCUGUCCACAGAGAGUGGGGAGGGCGCCAGAGGAAACCUUGUUGCUACAUUCAGUGGCUCUGUCCGACUACGCACGUCGUCACUGGGUAGCCAAGCUAGCGACUCGUCCGACGUUCAGGCGCGUGCAGUGGAGAAUCAGUAUUCCUUUGUAUAAGACCAGUUCUCGUCCCAUGAUGCCUUGCAAUGUUUCAAAGUGUCAAAUUGAGCAGAGUGACAUGAUGAUGUUGUUACCCGUGUGAAAAGUACAACAAGUAUGUUCAGUCGUGGAGCAAACAUUCAAUUAUGACACAGAGCUCGUAUCACUGUAUUAUCAUUUGUAUGGUGUGUACAAUUGUCUAUUAGAUUAAUAUGAAAUGUAACAAUAGUGGAGAGGAAUUUCCUAUGCUUGUACAAGAUUUUACCUCAGAACACUGAACUUCCAGAAUCCUGUGAAAUGUUGUAUAAAUUUUAUGUGAACCCUGCUGAAAGAGGAUGUUAUAUAUAGUGAUUUUUUUAUCCUACUCUUGUUUGUGACCUCUGACCUUGAAGCACUUGGAAGUAGCAGACCAUUGUGGGACUGACAAGAUGCCAAUUAUAAUAGAUUUACUACCAAAAUUAGUCCAAAGUGUUUCUCAGCCAGCCAAUAAGAGUAAUGACAGAGAUUUAAAACAUUUUUAAUAUGCUUGACCAUAGUAGACUAAUAUGAAUGUCUAAUUUUACAUUUCACGUGUAAAUCAUUAAGUCUGUAAGUCCAUUCACAGAACUUUUCCUCAUUCCAUUGACCAUUUCUGUGUGUAAUGUUAAUCAUGUGUGAGUGCCUGAUGUUCUGCUUCGGCACAUAAAAAGUUGCUUCUCUGAAUAUUGUUAAAAAAGGAAUUUGAAAUAUUUUGUCUUACACAGUGAUUAGAUAUAUGCCACUAGGUAAUCAGAUGUUGUUCUUGACUUCCAUGUUGUCACAGUAGAAUUAGUAUUUAUCAUUCACAGAUCUCAUGAAGCAAUUGUCAUUAGUAUUUUGAAUAGGACACAAUUUGAAUGCUCAACACCUUUGUAUUGAUGUUAUAUCUCUGCUUAGGUAAGAAGAGUUCAGUGAAGUUUAGAUAUGGUUUUGCAACAAAUAGCUUAGUCCUUUUACAGCGGCGUGUAGCAAAGCCAGUUAUGAACCCUAGAAGUGUCAUGUUUCAGUGUGCUUCCACCUACAGACCUACCUGACAUGUCCAGGGAAAAGACCACACUUGAUGUUAUGGAAGACAUUGUCUGGAUGAGAGUGCACAUGUAAAAAAACAAAGAUAAAAAGUGAUGCCCAAAUUCUAAAGUCUGAGUGAUAACACAAAGUAGUAAAAAGAUUGAGAGCAAAGGACUUUGUACAACACCAAGUUCUCAUUCAUUUUCAAGCAACUCUUCACAAUGACUGGCUUUAGUUAGAGCUUAGGAUUCUUAGCUCUCUGGUUUUGCCAGUAUGACAUCUUUUUGAUUUGUGUAAGAAGACUUGAUCUGAAGUCCAAGUAUUAAAGAGAUGGUGUAAUGUGAUUUCUGACCAGUCAGACUGAACACUGGCAACAAUUCUCACAAUGGCUGUUUCAACAAUUCUAAGGGCAUCUUAAAAUCAGGCAGCUUAAAUGUUGAAUGUGGUUUGAUUGGGCUUGCAGCUCUGAGAAUGUCUCUUCAUAGUACCUACAUUCUAGUUGCCAAGCUUGCCUUUUUUUUGUUCAAUAGAAGACUCGUUCAUCUAUUUUCCAACACCAAAGUGUUUUUCUCACCUUUUGACAAAGUCACAGAAAUGCUAAAAAUGUACUAUUUUUUUUACAGUCUGAAAAUAUGUAGCAUUAAAUGUGCAUCAACAGGAAAGGCAAUGUCUUCAAACUGCAGGCUAAAAAACAUGAAAAAGGCAACCAAAGUUGUGACAGUUAUGCUGUAAUUCCUGUUUGUGAAAUAAAUGCUGACAGGGAAAAGUUCUACCCAUUUUUGUGUGAGGUAUCUAAAAACAAACAAUUUUAUUUUGAUUGUAUAAAUUCCUGAGAUAUUUUACCAAUAUAGAAAACACUGCCAGUUCUAACAUUGACAUGAAAUAAGUUUUGGUAAAAUCAAAGUUGUCACUGAUCAAUGUUGAUAUACUAGCUCUGGCAAAGUGGAAUAAUUGAAAAUUAAACAUGAAGCAAGAAUUUGUAUUGCAA